UUAAUCAAUAUGUAAUUUUUACUUCAUUAAUAAUAGUAAAUUAUAUUAAUCUUAAAAAUUUUGUGUGAAAAGCAUUAAGAAGAAAGAUACAACUACUGGAAGAGUGACAUUGAAGAACAGGACACCUCACGAAUCUGAAGAAACCUAAUCUUGUCAAAGAGUAUUUUUCUAUCAGUUUCCUUUGUUAAUCUAAUGGAUUUUUCAGAGCUAUGGGCAAUAUUUGGACCUGGGGUUUCCGGCGCUGUCUUCGGCGCCGGAUGGUGGUUCUGGGUUGACGCCGUCGUUUGUAGUUCCGUCAAAAUCUCUUUCCUUCAUUAUCUCCCAGGUAUAUUUGCAUCUUUGGCUGCUUUGAUGUUUAAUUGCGUCAGAAAAGAGGACAUUGACUACUCUCCUUAUGAUGAUGGAGAGUGGAGGUUGAAGCUGUGGCUAUUUAUUGCAUAUGUUGUAUCCUUUGUGUCUUUGGCUGCAUCAGUUGGGCUAUUGAUACAAGAUGCACUAGGAAAAUCUGGUCCUUCUGCUUGGACAGGAGUUGCAGGUGUUCUGCAGUGUGUGUUCGUCUUAAUCAGCGGGCUGGUCUAUUGGACAUCACAUUCAGAAUCUUGAGAGGACACUUAAUGGGGUCUUACUCGAUCCAUUCUGUCAAGUAAGAGUUACAGUUGUAUAAAUGUGUGUUGGUUGUGCAGUGAGGCUAAGCACCAAAUAUUGGAUUCUCAUCCCUUCUUUCUACAUACGAUACUAACUUUAAAUUUCAUUGGAAAGCUCAAGGAAAUAUGUCUUGAAGUGGUUUGUUUCAAAAGACUGGUUAUUAUAGCUUUUACUUGAAGCAUUUCAUGCACUGUUUCAUUCAA